AUGGCAUACGCGAAUUUGGCCAGUCUUCCACCAGUUUAUGGGAUAUAUACAUCGUUUUUCACCUCAACUUUUUAUGCAUUCUUUGGAACAUCGCGACACAUUUCUAUCGGUGUUUUUGCCGUGGCAAGUUUGAUGGUAGGAGCGGUGCGAUUACGUUUUAUACCGGAUGCAGAUGAAAUGAUAAAUGGUACUAACAUGGAAAUCGUAAAACCAGUAGCAGGUCCGGUGGAUUUCGAUUAUAAAGUAUCUCCGAUUAUGCUUACAAGUACGCUUGCUAUGACUGUUGGAAUGUUUCAAUUAGUAAUGGCAAGGAUGGGUUUAGCAUUCUUCACUAAUUAUAUGUCGGAUGCUCUCAUUUCCGGUUUCACAACUGGAUCAGCAUUUCAUGUUUUCACAGCACAACUCAACAAAAUUAUCGGUAUUAAGUUAUCACGUUAUUCCGGUUUUGGUAUGCUAUUUUUCAUGAUGCGUGAUCUGAUAUUGUCUCUGCCACACACCAAUUAUUGCACUUUAGGCAUAUCAAUAUCUUCCAUUAUAUUUUUAUCUGUUGGUCGUGAUUGCAUAAAUCCGUGGUUCAAAAAACAAUCACCUGUACCACUACCUAUUGAGCUUAUUUUAGUUAUCUUUGCAACAAUAUUUUCUGGAUUUAUGAAUCUGAAAAAUAAUUAUGAUGUAAAAAUUGUCGAAUAUAUCCCGCGAGGAAUUCCGACAUCAUCACUACCGAACUUUGAUCUAAUACCAUAUCUUUUAAAUGAUGCUUUUGCAAUAGCAAUUAUUUCAUAUAUGUUUGUUAUAUCAAUGGCUAAAUUGUUCGCAAAAAAGAGACACUAUAAGAUUGAUCCUACGCAGGAUUUAUACGCAGUUGGCUUAAUGCAUACCUUAUCAUCAUUUUUCCCGGUUUUUCCUGCUGGUUGUUCACUUUCACGAUCAACUGUGUGCGAACAAUCUGGUGCUAACACUCAGCUGAAUAUUUUAUUUUCAAGUGCAUUAUUGUUAAUUGUUAUUGCUUUUAUUGGACCGCUUCUUGAACCGCUCCCAAUGUGCGUGUUGGCUUGUAUUGUGAUUGUAAGUUUGAAAAGUCUAUUCAUGCAGUUCGGUGAAUUGUCAAAGUUAUGGCGAAUUUCAAAACUUGAUUUCGCAGUAUGGUUGGUGAGUUGUAUAGCAACGGUAUCUUUCGAUGUAAUGACGGGCCUUACGAUAUCAGUCCUUUUUACACUCAUCUCUGUGGCCUUUAGAGAGCAGUGGCCUAAUGUAUUCGUAAUGGGUAGGACGGAACAUCGUGAAAUCUACAAACCUUUGAUUUAUUAUCAUGGAUUAAAAUCGGUAAAUGAAAAUACUGAAAUUAUUCGUUUCGAAGCACCUCUUAAUUUUGUCACUGUUUCAACUUUUCGUGAUAAAAUAAGCGAUGUUUUGCGAAGUGAUGCGACUGAAGAUUAUAAAUUGCAAAAUAUAAGAAAUAAUGAAAUGAUAGCUGCUUCUAAGACAGUGACAGAGCCGAACUACGAAGAGUUAUUGCAAAAAGAAAUGGUAAUGACGAAUAAUAGUAAACAGCAACCUUUGUAUGAAAUUGUUUCUCCAACAGUUCUUAUUAUCGAUUGUUCAGCCAUAUCAAAUAUUGAUACAAUGGGUGUUGAAGCUAUCAAAGAGGCUUAUUUGCAAGGGCGAGAAAUGAAUAAGACAGUUCUAUUCGCGAAUGUAUCAGAAACAAUACUGGACACACUGAAACGUAUCGAUUUCUAUUGUUCGGUGCCUAAAACUUGCUUUUAUCCAUCUGUUGAAGAAGCUGUUCGUAGUGCUAAUAAUGAUAAAAUUUAG